AUGCUACCUCGCGUAGUUCUCCUCGCAGGCUUUCUCCACCAUGCCUAUGCCUUCUCAAUACCACACGUUCCUCAUCUGAGCAGUUUUAUUGGCGCGAGUCACACGCAGACACAGCAGCAACCGCUACAAGAUUCACUCGAUGCGUGGAUCGAGAGGGAAGGGCGUAUAGCGCUAGACAAACUCCUGGCAAACGUCGCGCCUGGUGGCAGUAACGUCCAAGGGAAGGGUGUAGCGGAUGGCACGGUCAUUGCGAGUCCGAGUCAGGAUGGCCCAGAUUACUGGUUCCAAUGGGUCCGCGAUGCUGCGAUAACUAUGAACACUCUCGUAGAUCUCUACGCCGAUGACCCGUCCUCUUCUCGCGGUUCCGCUCUAUCUACCAUCCUGGGCGCAUAUACUUCCCUCUCGAGCGACAUCCAACAUACCUCGAACCCUUCAGGCACAUUUGACGAUCUCUCUGGACUUGGUGAACCUAAGUUCCACGUCGAUGGUACACCAUUUACUGGCUCUUGGGGACGACCUCAGCGUGAUGGACCAGCUCUACGGGCGUUGACGCUUAUGCACUAUCUGCGUGAAUACAAUGCCUCACACCCUUCGCUUUGGAGCUCAGAGUCAUCUGAGGAUUUCUUCGGACCAUACUACACUGUGGAGAUGCCUCCGCGUAGCGUCGUCAAAGCUGACUUGGAAUACGUCAGUCACUUCUGGAACCAGUCGAGUUUCGAUCUAUGGGAGGAAGUCGAGGGCCUGCACUUCUUCAAUCUAAUGGUCAGCGCAAGAAGUUUGAGGGAAGGAAGCGAUCUUGCAAGGGCAUUCGGAGACAUAGGUGCGGCGGAAUGGUAUGAAGUGCAGGCUGGUCAUAUCGAGAGUUUCCUCGGCAAGUUCUGGGAUGCUCAGAAAAGUCACCUUGUAGAGACAUUGUCGAGCAAGAGGAGCGGACUAGAUUGCGCAUUGCUCCUUGGCUCUCUACAUGCUCUGCCCGCAGAAGAUUUCGGAGACGACUCUGCAUACCCACCUUGGUCUGAUGAGAUACUCGUUUCGCUUCUCGCCCUUGCACGCGACCAACGCGAUCGUUUCCCGAUCAACAGCAGCCCAUCCGACGAGGACCAGGAUGAUGAAAUGGAAGAAAACUCAUUCGAAGGAACUGGUCUUGGCCGUUAUCCCGAAGAUAUAUAUGACGGCUAUGGCACCUCUAACCGCGGUGGCAACCCUUGGUUUCUGUGCACAUCGUCAGCUGCCGAAGUUCUUUACCGCACCGCAUCACAUGUCUCGGUUGUUGGUAACCUGACCAUCUCUGAAACCGGUCUACCCUUUUUCGAAGCUCUCCUUGCAACUUCAUCACUCGAUGUCGACGUCGGCACUUUCGGCCCCUCCGAUGCGCUGUUCCACUCUGUCCUUGAGCGCUUGCACGCCACGGGAGAUCAGUUCCUCGAGGUCAUCAAGACGCACGUUGAUACUGAAGGAAGCAUGAGUGAGCAGUUCGAUCGUGUGACAGGCUACAUGAGGGGUGCUGAGGACCUGACGUGGAGCUACGGAGCAUUCUUGCAGGCAGCCAGAGCAAGGAAAGCCUUCAUGAGCCUUUGA